GCGACGAAGGCGAGAGAUGUCGAUGACACUGUUCUGCGCCAUUGUCAACGACGGCAACGCGAUGGAGGUGGAGGUUCAUGCGAGUGCUUUGGUGGCCCAAUUGAAGAAGUUAAUCGCGAAGGAGAUGCAGUACCCGUUUCCUGCGUAUGAGCUGACGCUCUACUUGGCGAAGUUGGCCGAUGGCGAGUGGUUGCAAUGGAGUGACGAGGCCGUUGGCAAGUUGAGGACACAUGAGGUGACUGGAGUUAUUAAGUCCCUGCUGGCCAACAGAGAAAUGGACCCGACUUCUCAAUUGGACAAUCCAGCAUUCAACUUCCCCUCAACCGACUCCCAGCAAGGUAGACGAAUCCAUGUCUUGGUGCGUGUUCCAUCCGCGCGAUGGGACGAAGUGCGUCCACACAAGAAGCACAAGGUGUCGAGCACGGACAACGACGACGAAGAGAAAGAUGAGGCCGUCGAAGGCGUGCAAGGCGCGACGUCCAUCCCUCCAGACGUGAUUGCAUCGAUUGAGGGGCGACUGGGACUCUUAAACUCGCAGGACGUUGGUGGUGGCGUUGAACUGGGCAUUCACCUCAUCGAGCCGGAUUUCCCCCAGUGGUUUUUCAUGCGACAGGCGACAAAGGACGUCAUCAAGACAUGCAACGCCCUAGAGCGGGUUUUCGUGGUGCUGAAAGGGUCGCCUGGCGUUGGCAAGAGCAUGCUGGUGCUGCUGCUGGCGUUCUACAAGGCCUUGUGUCUCAGAACACCCGUCAUGUUGAUUCGGAAUCGCAAGGGGCCAGGUGGCGGAACUUCCAUGUUGUGUCUGGACCCAGUGAACGCGAAGUACUGGCGGAAACAUGAUGCCACGAUCGAAGAACUCAACGGCUUUCGCCGGCGUUACAAGGGGUUUGCUCUGUACCUGGACGGAUUCGACAAAGCCUUCGUUUUCAAGCACGGUCUGCAAGAGUUUCGGCUGCUUGCGACGUCCGGGCAGUAUCGAUUGAAGAGCGACGACGUGCCUCACUAUCGGCUCUGCGUCGUGCCAUUUUGGUCCAAGCCGGAUUUGAUCGCAAUUGGUCGCCACGAGGGUUGGGACGAAGCUGCAAUCAACGACAAAUACUUCUACUCGGGUGGAAACUUGCGGCACUUUUUAAUGCCUCAACACAUUGCAGAGGAUGUAGUCAUUGCAGCUACUGACUCGAUCGUUCCCGGCAUGACCAUACAUCUCGAAUCCCAGCACGGAGCUACAUCGCCGCAUCAAGUUGAUACCAUUCGAAUGACGGGAGUCCAGCCAAUGGACCCAGUCACGGAUUCGAAUGCCGAUGGAACCACGAACAACUACGUGAGAAUGGGGCAGUGGUUUUAUGCGAUCACGUCGGAGUACGCGUUGCGGCGACUUGCCCAGAUAAUCCCGCCAAGCGAAUUCCAAGCCAUAUGGUUGACGGGCCACAACCUUGGAGACGGCGUGUUGAAGGGCAUCGCGUUUGAGAAUUACAUCCACAACCUCGCCAUGCAACUCAACAAGAUCGACCUGAAAGUGCUCGAGUACCGGCCCAAGCUGACGGCGGGUGUCGCCAGUGUGUACACUGACGAGGCGUUUGAGGCAAAGGCGCCGAAGACCAGUGGGAACAACACCGUCGAGUGCGAUGCAGCCAUGGUCAGUAUGGCGAGUUCGCCCGUGGACUACUGGCGCCCCUACACUCGCAGUUUGCCGACCAUCGACUGUGUUGCCAAACUGACCAUCAGUGGGCAGGAAUGGGUGGCUUUGAUCCAGAUCACCACGCGUAACACCCUCAACAUCGAUGUGGAGGCGCUUGAAGCGUAUGCGUCGCACUUUCCGCAAUGGAAAUGCUGCUACAUUGCAUUGGUGCCAGACAAGGAGACGUGCGAUGGGUUUCGGCUUUCUCCAGUCGAACCUCACACCGGUGUGCCGCUGAAGGUGGCAUACAUGCCAGCCUGGAGCGCCUUUGCAGCCACAAAGAUAGAAAAGUAGUAGUAACGUUAAUCUCUAAAGACUGUUGCUUUCGAAUUACUACGUAACGUUUGUAAGUAAACAUCGUCCAAUGUCAC